AUGAAAUCCCUCAGCCCGAUCCUCUUCCUUGUCUUCCUCUUCGCUGGGCUGGGUUCCAAGGCCGCCCCUGCAGCCUCACUGCCUUUGGGCUCUGACUAUCCCGGGAUGGGCCACUCCUCCCAGCCCUCCCCUCGGGCUUCCGAAAAUUCCACUCUCCGUGGGACUAGCCCAGAAUCCCCCAGGACUGCUUAUCCUGAGCCCUCGCAGACACCUCAGGCGGUUUCCCCUGAGCCCUCCUCCCUUGACCUCACUGAGACUACCACACCUGACCUCCGAGAAAGCCCACACCCAGAGUCUCCUGAGACCCCCAAACCUAACUCACUCAGCACCUCAAUAUCAGAAUCCCUGGAGGCCCCCCAAAUUAACCUCUCCAAAACAACACACCCAGAACCUCCUGAGACCCCCAAAACUGACCCAACUGAAAUUCCACACACAGAAUCCCCUGAGACCCUCAAACCCAAUCCCUCCAAAACUUCACACCCAGCAUCUUCUGAGACCCCACACCCUGAUCCCACUCAAACUCCAUACCAAGAAUCCCCGGAGAUUCCCACACUUAACUCCACUGGAAUCUCUCACACACCAUCCCCUGAGAACCCAGAUGCUGACCCCACUGAGACCUUUGAACCCAAGUCUCCAGAAACCCAUGACCCUGACAACACUGAGACCCCAGACUCUGAAUUCCUCCAGACCCUUCCUCCUCACCCAACUGAAACCCCCCAACCAGAAUUUCAUGUAGGCCACGGCCCCAACCCCACUGAAAUUCCCCAAACAGAACUCCCCACAACCCCUUACCAAAAUGCAGCAGAGAUCCCCAGGGCCUCUGACAUUGGGGUCGCCACUAGUCUCCACGCAGAAACGCCUGCACCCUUCAAGGAAGACGUGCUGCCCCUGAAUCCCAAACCAGAAACACCUGCAGCCACCCAGCCCGAUGCCCUGAGAUUGCCCGCCUCAGACUCCCCUGGAACCGCUGAGCUGAAGGCCCCCCAGAACUCUAGCCCUAUAGGGCCCGACGCCCCUCCUCCCUCAGCCCGGACUGCGGGGCCCCUGGCUCCUUCAGGGCCCCCCCAUCAACCGGCGCCUGCCACUCCGCGGGCCCCCCAGCGGCGCAGCCGAGGUGAGAGAGUCAACACCAUCAUCGUGGUGGAGCGAGUGGAGGAGACCGGCGUGACCCUGGUGGGACGUCCCCGGGGCGUGGCUGGAGGGGCGCUGUGCCUAUUCCUCGCCGGCACCGGGCUACUUAUCGGCAUUUGCUUGUUGCUGUGGUGUCUCUACCGCCGGGCGGCUCGACAUCGGCCCUUCGCACACCACCGGCUGCCGAACGACGGGGAUGAACCGGUUAUGCAUCUGGACGCCCCAAAGGACCCCUAUGACCUCUACUUUUAUGCGCCGGACGCCUGGGUCCCUUCACACAUCGCCACCAAGCAGCCACCGCCCACUCCUCCGCUGCCGCCCAAGCUGCCCCCACCGCCCCGCGGGGGCCGCCCCCAGCGCCUGGAACCGCUCUCCCCCACCACGCUCCCCAACAACUUCGUGUGAGCCCUGCCAGACCUGCGCCAUCCACAAACGGAGCAAGGACCCAGAGGUCCCGUCGUCCUG